AUGGAUGGCAAAGCGUAUUUUAUCAAUAUGAGCACCAAUAGAUUCUAUACGCUCUGUAAUGAAGUGGUGACGCAAUGCACCGUUAUGGAUGGUGGAAAAGUUGUGCUGCUUACAAAAGAUUCUGGAAAACUAAUAACGGUACAAAUCGAGCAAACAAGUGUGCGCCACGUGGAACAAGAUAUUGUAGAAGGAAGUGAUGUAGUAGUACCAUUCAGCAGUACAGGCUACCUGAGCCAACCACAAUUUGAAAAAACAAGUUAUCUUGCAUCCGAGAAUCUGUCGUUGCCCAAUUUGCGACGAAUAUGGAAACUGACGAGAAGUGAUAUGGGUGGUCCGCUAAAGAGUAUCACUAGUCGACUUCCCUACCAUUUGUAUGUUUUUUUUUCUGUUGUUUUUUAA